AUGAUUGAAAGCAAGAGUAGUAUACAAAGAAGUGGUGGGGGAGGUGAAGUAGGAAACCUCUGUGUUAUCCCACUUCACCCAUCUUCCUGCAUCCUCAUCUGGUGGAAAAUCCUACAAGGCCAAAAACAAAACCCGUAUUUGGUAUUGUGGCAGCAGAAGCUUCAGCCCUUCAGGGAGGGUCCUUUGCGCGAUUUUUAUGGUGAAUACCAGGGUAACCAAAGGGUAAUUAUUGGUUGA